ACUCAUCAAUUUUAUUUAAAAAAAAAAAGAGAGAUUUUUUUUUUUUUUCAAAAUGUGUUUGAUUUUUUUCUUGUAUAAUGUAGAGGAAAGAGAGUUAGGUAGGGGGCAAGCUUCUGGAUCAUGUCCUUACUGUGGAGGAAAAGUUGAAGCCAUGGAUGUUGAAAGAAAAUGGAGUUUCUGCUCUUUGCCCCUUUGUCACAAAAUCAAAAGAAACUAUUCUUGUUCUUUAUGUUCCAGGCGUUUGGAAUCAUACCAUUGAAAUUCAUCAUCAGCAGAGCUUUGCCUAACCAUGAAUAUAUAAGCUUCAAUGGUGAUAAUUUCAAGAAACUGUGUUUCUCUUCCUCUUCUUCUUCUUUGAAUUUGUUCUUUGUUUAAUUUUUUGAAGUUUUAGUUAACUUUUCUCAUACCCAUUUCCACAAACUUUCUUGGGUUCUUGCUUAAAUUGAUUAAUUGUUUAUGGAAAAUUAUAAAGUUUUGGAUCUGGUGAUGGAAGAAAUUAAAACAAAGGGAUCUGAAUAUUCUGAAA